AUGGCGCCAGCAGCAUCCACCGGUGGCAAGAAGCAGAAGAAGAAGUGGUCCAAGGGCAAGGUCAAGGACAAGGCCCAACACGCCGUCGUCCUCGACAAGACCACCUCCGAGAAGCUCUACAAGGAUGUCCAGUCCUACCGCCUGAUUACCGUCGCUACCCUUGUUGACCGUCUCAAGAUCAACGGCAGCUUGGCCCGCCAGGCUCUUUCCGACUUGGAGGAGAAGGGUUUGAUCAAGAAGGUCGUUGGCCACUCGAAGAUGAACAUCUACACCCGUGCCGUCACCGCCGAGUAA